CUCAGCUCUUUUUGAACCUUCGUAGCCUUCUCGCCCUCUUCACGAAAGCUCCUUUUCUUCUUCCCCCUCUCCUCGAACUUUAAAACACAACAUCAGCUCGAAAACAGGAAGAAGGUUCCUCCUUUUCGUUCUUUUCAACCGAUUCUGCAGUCUCGUCAUCGGCAUCCUUUGAUUUGCGGCAUUGGUUUCUCUUUUGAUUUACCACGGAGAGAGAAAUGUUGAUUUUUUGUGCCGAGAUCUGUCGCCGACAGGAGUUACUUCAUCUGAGAUGAGAAAGGUGGAAGCUUCCGCGAGUUUUGGCUUAGAUUUCGGAAAGGGGAGAAGAAACAGUAGGCGAGGAUUUAGUGGCAGCUUCGUCGCAGAUUAAUAAUGACCACUAAACGCGCCUACAAGCUGCAAGAAUUUGUGGCUCAUGCUUCCAACGUGAACUGCCUCAAGAUAGGAAGGAGGACUUCUAGGGUUCUUGUCACUGGAGGGGAAGAUCAUAAGGUCAAUCUUUGGGCUAUUGGGAAACCAAAUGCCAUAUUGAGCCUCUCAGGCCAUACAAGUGCCGUGGAAUCGGUCAGUUUUGAUUCUUCUGAAGUGUUGGUGGCUGCAGGAGCUGCAAGCGGAACUAUAAAGUUGUGGGAUUUAGAGGAGGCAAAGAUUAUCCGAACUCUAACGGGUCAUAGGUCAAAUUGCAUAUCUGUUGACUUUCAUCCGUUUGGGGAAUUUUUUGCUUCCGGGUCAUUAGACACCAAUCUUAAGAUCUGGGAUAUUAGAAGAAAAGGGUGCAUUCAUACUUAUAAAGGUCAUACUCGUGGGGUUAAUGCUAUUAGAUUUACACCAGAUGGUCGCUGGGUUGUUUCUGGAGGCGAAGACAACAUUGUUAAGCUAUGGGAUCUUACUGCUGGGAGGCUAUUACAUGAUUUUAAGUGCCAUGAGGGUCAGAUUCAGUGCAUAGAUUUUCAUCCACAUGAGUUUCUCUUGGCAACAGGGUCAUCUGAUAAAACAGUCAAGUUUUGGGACCUAGAAACUUUUGAGUCAAUUGGUUCCGCUGGACCUGAGACUUCUGGCAUCCGUUCUAUGACUUUCAAUCCCGAUGGAAGAACUCUGCUUUGUGGGCUACAAGAAAGCUUGAAGGUUUUUUCAUGGGAGCCACUACGAUGCCAUGAUUCGGUGGACGUGGGAUGGUCGAAAUUGUUAGACAUGAAUGUUCAUGAUGGAAAACUUCUCGGAUGCUCAUAUAAUCAAAGUUGUGUUGGGGUAUGGGUUGUAGACAUUUCGCGCCUUGAGCCAUAUGAAGUUGCUAGCAUUGCUAAAUCAAGUAGUCAAUCUGACUCCAAAUCUUCUUCAAGCAGUACUUCACCAUUUCAACAAACUGAUAACAGCAUGAAGGCCAGUGUUGGGAGGCUAUCAAUUUCUCAAAAUUCGGAUGCUUUAGCUAAGGAAACAAAACUUGUUACAUCUACUGGAAAUGUCCUUGGUACUUCUCAAAAACCUGUACUAAAUGCUGGUGCUAAAAUGGCUACUGUAAAUUCAUCAACCAACACAACCUCAACGCCAGGUGGUGUAAGCCUAAAAAGAAGUAUUCCCAAGGGAAAUAGUACUAUUGGUAUGCAGACAAAUAACAAAACUGAUGUGGUACCUGUCAUUGUUCCCAGAACCAGUGCAAGGCAAGAACAAGUUGCAGAACCUAGAAAAGAAAUUGGUGCUGAAAGAAAAGAACCGGUUAUUGAAUCUAAAAAAGAAACUGUUGCUGAAAGAAAAGAAUUGGUUACUGAAUCUAGAAAAGAACCAGUUAUUGAAUCUAGAAAAGAAACUGUGGCUGAAAGAAAAGAAUUACUUACUGAAUCUAAAAAAGAAGUUGCUGGUGUAAAAACAGUAACUUAUAACAUCCAGUCAAAGACAACUGAUUCCCGUAGACCACUAACUUCCAGAGAUACUUCUGACAGAGUAAACAUUCCUAUUCAUUCUGGACUCUUGGGCAGUAGAAAUGGUGAUGAUGGUAUUACAGACCAGGAUUUGUUGACUGCUGCAAAUGGUGUAAAUCAUCCAUCAACUAACACUGAAAGAAGAGUGGAUGCAGUUAGGAGUAUUGGAAAUGUGAAGUUGAGAGAUAAUCAAUCUGUGGAGCCAAGCACAAGCUAUCAACAUGAAACUUAUGACAUAAGAGUGCAUAAAUCAAGAGAUUCAAGCUCCUUGGAAAUGCCAAGAGGAGCAAGAACAAGAACACUUGUACAAAAUUGGGAAAGGCGGGAUGGCUCUUCUGGAUUUGAAGGCCCACCUAGAUGCAAUUCUUCUGAUAGUUUUCUUUCUGGAAUGAACGGGUCUUACACAAUGAGAGUACGUCCUCCAACUGUGGGCAAUGAAACUGUUUCUGCUAGUGAUGAGGAUGCUAUUGCUGAUUUAUUGGACCAUCAUGGAGAGUUCAUUGACACUGCACAGUCUCGCUUGAGAAAAUUACAAGUGUUGCAGCAACUUUGGAGGAGGAAGGAUGUAAAGGGUCUUCUCAGUGCAUUGGGAAAGAUGUCUGAUUAUGCUGUCUCUUCAGAUUUUAUCAGUAUUUUAAUGGGAAAAAGUGAUAUCAUUACUUUGGAGUUGUGCACUUGCCUUUUACCACUUCUGUCAUGUCUUCUAGACAGUAAGAUUGAUAGGCAUUUGGACAUCUCCCUUGAAAUGCUGCUGAAGCUUGUCAAAACCUUUGGUUCUGUAAUUAAUUCAACAUUAUCAGCCUGUUCAUCUGUUGGCGUUGACCUACAAGCCGAGCAAAGGUUAGACCGUUGCAAUAUAUGCUUCGUUGAGUUAGAAAAGGUUAAGCAGAGCCUCCUGCCUCUUACCAGAAGAGGGGGAUCAAUCGCGAAGUCUGCACAGGAGCUGAACCUCGCCUUACAACAAGUCUCACAUUAAGGCGAACCCGUGCGGCUCUAUUUUCAAUAUGUACAUGUCUUAUUGAUCUACAACUUUCCCAAAACUUGUCGCUACAGAAGCCUUUGCGAAUUAGGAGAUCAGUAACUCUGUGAUUUAUAGAACUACUCUCCAGAGGCCAGAAGGGGGAGUGAGAUUCUAACCUGUUCUAACAGAUUGCUUCCUAGAAAAGCAUGUAUCAUCCACAUUUAACAAAGAUGAUCAUAUAGUAGAAUCUUGUUCUUGUUCUUUAUUUGUACUUUUAUUAUAUUUUAUUUUUAUUUUAAUUUUUUGGAAUUGAGGGUCUAAGUGAUCAAAUAUCAAUUAUCAUUGGUUAGUUUUUUGACAGGAGAGUUGUGGGUGUAUU